CGAAUACUCAAUAAAGUUUAUAGAUCUCGUGAAAAACGCGUAGUUUAAUAAGCGCUAUAUAAAGCUAUUAAAAGAAUUUAAAACUAUACAAAAUGUCUCCGACUGUGUGCCAUUGUUUUUGCCGCAUAGUCUUUAUCUCAAGCCACUUGCCAAAAUGCACAUAUCAGUGGCAUUGCCCAGCAAUAAAACGGGCAAGUCAAUUUCCAACUUAGAAAUAAUGGAAAAAUUAAGCAAUGCGUUGAAACCUGAUAAAUUUUUAGUACUCAAGGUAACAAAGAGUACUAUUGAUUUUAUUCGCUUUGAAGCAGAGUUAGAUGAUCGAAAAUAUCUACGUAGCGCGUUGUCACGUUUAGAUGGUAUUUCAAUUAAAAUAUCUGGUUUUAAUGAAUCAUUUCGAGUGCGUGCUAGUGAACCAAAAGAUGAGUUCCCAACAAGAUACGAUUGGGACUCAUUUUUUCGCGAUGCAAAGCAUAUGGAUGAAAUGAAACCAGGCGAACGACCGGAUACUAUACAUUUAACACAUUUGCCAAUACGCUGGUUUUGCCCGCGACAUCAUGAAAAUGAUGAAAAUGUCAAACCGAGUGAGAGUAUAUUUAAACGCAUAUUUGAAAAAUUUGGAACCGUACGCAGUUUUGACAUACCUAUAUGUGAUCCAUAUCGAAACAAAAUGAACACUGACAUAAGUGGCAUGAAAACUUUUACUUUCGAGCAGGAUGUGUUGUUUGAAGCUUAUAUACAAUUUGAAGAAUAUGUUGGUUUCGUGCGUGCUAUGGAUGAAUUUCGUGGCAUGAAACUAGUACGAAAAUUUAUUGAUAAGAAUCAAUCUGUUAAUAUAGUAGUUAAUUUUGACAAAACAAAACAUCUGAGUGAUGCGCAAAUACAACGUCGGGAACGUGUUCGAAAACGCCUUAUUAGUAAAGCACAGGCUGAAGAAGAAGAAAAAGAACGCCUAAAAAAAUUGGAACAAGAAAAUUUAGAACGUCAGAGGCAAAAAGAAGAGGAGCUAAAGCUUGCUGCUUUAGAAAAACAACGUGAACGAGAGGAGAAACGAAAAGAAAAGCAUUUAAAAAAGAUACAUGAACGAGGACAAGUGGAAAUUUCACAAAAGAUACGCAUUGAGGAGCGUAAAUUGCUGAUAGCUCAACGAAAAUUAGAAAGUAUCCGAAUAUUAGAGCAAUUAUUUGACCGCAUUAAGCUUAAAAACACGCUAAAACGUAAAACAACUCAAGCAAAUCAUUUUCCUAAUGAGGAAAAUGAUUCGCGUGAGCGUUUAAUUGAAAAAUAUAAAAUUGCAACUGAAAAACUCUUAAAUGACCAACGAAAAAAAGUCGAAGAUAUCAAAAGUAAAACCCCUCUAUCUGGUUUGUUAAAAAUGAAGAGAACUAAGAAAUCAGUAUCGUCAGACGAUGAAGAUGACACAGCAGGCAAUGAAAAUAAUGUUGUUAAAACAGAACCCGUCACAAAUGACAUGACAGCUGCCAAUGUAACCCACAUGAAUCCGUUUAAAGCUGUUGCUGCUUUAGCCGCUGCUAGUAGUAAUGGAUCACCAGCAUAUCCACCAGAAAUGGCUAAUGAAUGGAUGAAAUCAAUGUCAAUGUUUCCAUAUGUGCCACCAGUGUUUUCCGGUCUACCAACGCUCUACCGACCACCUUCGUUUGGUGUAUCCAUGAAUUAUCGUGGUUUUGCAAUUAGAGUUUAA